CCUUGAGUGGCAAAUGCCCUAAAUUCAAAUGUCAAAGUGGUUUUAGAAAUAAACUUGGUUUUACAACUUAUCUUCUUCAAAUGUGUUUUGUAUUCGUAUUUUCAUCAUUAUAAUACUGGUUUGUUGCUUAUGUGUGGAAUAUCGGAUCAAAUAGAAAAUCUUAUCAAGACAUUAAGAUUUACUACAAAAUCAAAACAAAAAUAAAAAAUUGUACUCAACUGUUCGCAUGACCUCACCUUAUAAGUGCAUCCUGGCUCUGGCCAAGCCAGCCCACCGCCAUUCGUAAGGGUGGCAACCUUAAAUAAAUCAAACAAAACCAACGAGGAUUUUAAUUUGUUGCCGAUUUUAAUAUCCGCGUCUCUUAAUUCUCAUUAUCAUUCCAAACACUCAUGCCUCCCAUGGAAAGGAGUUCGCAUUGAAGUCGCCGAUCACAAUUCAACGCCGAAUAUCAAAAUAUAGAAAAUGGUUUGCAUAGUCUGUAAAAAAAAGGUGGCGGGCGAUUGCUUUACUUUAGCCCUAGAAAGUCUAAAGGAACAUUAUACAUAUUACAGGAAUUCAUUUACUCAGCGGGACGCGGAGCUGGAUAAAUUUAAAGAACGUAAUGAACAGUUGAAUAAAGCUCUGCAGCUGUUGCAAAAUGAGCAGCAACGAAGGCCCUCAAAAAAAUUUAGGGCACAUCAAGAAGAUAGCUCAGAUAAGCAUUUACAAUCAGCACAGAAUAAAAAUCUUAAUCAAAACAUUACUGGAGGUCUUUCCGAUAUUAGUUUGACCGAUGAUGAAACAUACGCUAGUGUUUCCCAUCUUAAUAUGGCUUUAAACAGUGAGCAACUGUUUGAGACAUCCCUUAUAAGCCCGGCCAAACCAGAAGCAAGUAUAACUUCAGCUUUAGAAUUAGUUAUAAGUCCUCGCAGCAAAGCUGCUCCCAUUAGAAGACUUAAAGAAAAAGAAAAUAUGCGUCUUAGCAAAGCAAAAUCGUUGGAGACGUCCAAAUCGGAAAACUAUGAAAAGGAAAGUUCAAGUCAGACAAAUAAAUCUUGGGCUAUGACUUUGUUAAGGCCUACGACAUCUGUGGCAACGUCAUCUAAGAGAAUGGCAUCUAAGGUUGGAGUAAAUAUAAAGCCUGAGAAAAAAAUUAAUUUGUCGCUGAAAAAGGCUAAUCCAAGCAAAAUGAAACAGUCCAUAUUACAAUUUGACAAUUGCAAGGAUGCGAGUUUAAUUGAGCCUGAUGUAUGUGAUGAUGUUAUAGAUGCCAGCCCAGUGCCCUUAAGUAAAAACCCUAGGUUGGGCAAAUCUUGGGCCCACAGAAGCGGCCACAAUCACAGCUUGCAAAAGAACAAAACCAGCCCCAUCACCAACAGCACAGAUCCAAAAAUCGUAGAUUGCCAGCGAAAACCUGAUGAAAGUAGUAUAGAAAAUAUUGUGUUUGAUUUUUCGCCAACAAAAAAGAACGAAACAAUCAACGAAAACAUACAACACUUAAAAACAAAGCUCGAAUCCAAGCAAUUGUAUUUUGAUGGUAAUGACUCCACCAAUUGUGUAGUUACAUCAGAUGGUCCGGAGUCACUUAUGGGCAGUAAAUCGGAAGACAGUUCUAGUGUGAUGUUGUUAACACCAACAACACAAGAUGUUAUAUGUAUAGAUGACAGCACUAAUGAUUUUGGUGAAAUAGAUACAAUGGAUAUGCUGGCAAACAUACAGAAAACGGAAUCAGAAUCAAUAGAGAAUCUUAGACAAAUUGAGAGUAAAAACAUUGUAAAGAAACAACAAAAAGAGUUGUGUGGUGAACAUUUUUUUCUAAAGCCUGCUGCUUGCAUUAAAAAGGAAAAAAAAUCUCAAGCGAAUUUGGAAGUACAGAAAAUUGAGGACAGGUUAUUGCAUAGGACUGCUUUCAACUUGAAUACAAAUAAAAAUCAAAGUUUUGGUAUAACUUCCAAAAAUGCAAUAGAAGAGAAGAUCCACGAGCAAGAGGAACAGGUAGAAGAUAAUGAUGAUGACGACGCCAUGCCUAAACCAUUUGUUGUAAAACAAGAACCCAAGGACUAUUCCCACAUUCCUAAAAAAUUAACUUUUAAGGAACGUUUUAAUAUUGAAUGUGAUAACUGCGAAAAGCUCUACCGCCUUUUGGGGCCAAAUUUAUCGGAUCGUGAAUUUGAAUUGCAUUUAAAUAAGUGUAGCUUUCACAAUCAGCCUGAUAUGCCGCAAAAUACCCCAGAAGGUUUCUGGAAUCCUCUUAUGUUAACCUUUGAUGAAAAUGAUCCUAGAAAUGAAGUGCUUAUCGAUAACCGUUUCAAGGAUAACAAACACCAAUUCAAAAAAUAAUUUGUUAUUGUUUACGUUUAUGCAAAUAUGUAAGAGAUUUAGGACUACAACUAUUAUUUACCACACAUCA